AUGGCACACAAACCUCAUAAUUUCGCUAAGAGAUCCAGAUGUUUUUCACCAACCUUUAAGGUUAAUCCUCAAAUUAGUCGAAAAGGGGGUUUGUUUCGUGAAGUACAAACAUGUGUUUCUCUAGCUUCGAAGAAACGGAGGGCAAAAGACAUGGCUAAAUGUAUUUCAAAGAAACAGAAGAAUAAGCUAAGGAUGUUGGUGAUUCAUGAUGAAUCCAUGGAUGAGGAAGUGGUUCCUGAGUAUCCUAUUUACGAAGAUCAAAUAGGCCAUUCAUCACAUGUGAAUAAUAAUCUUGAUGGCUCUAUGGAAACUUCUACAAUAGAUACACCCAUCACUUCAGGUGCACAAUCAAAUACAUCUACUCCUGAGAAGGCGAUAGUCAUAUCACCCCGGAGUGUCAAAUGCCGAAUCAUUUCAUGA